AUGUCUAACUUGUUCAACGAAAACUAUGCUGCCACAGAUGACACUGGCGAUGUGAAAAUUGUCAUCAAAGGCAACGACUGUAACAAGAGCAGCAAUGGUGCCAGCAGCAUUUAUGCUUUCUGCAACCAUUGUAAGAAAGAUAUCUCCGUCGUGUAUAUCAAGUCGGACGCGAAGGGCAAGGAGCUUGAAGUAGCGGAAACGACGAUGAAGACCAAUUGGCCUGCUGUGAACGACGGAUCUUAUCCCGAGAACGACUAUGACAAAUGCAAGAAAAACAAUGAUUAUGAAAGCUGUAAAAAGCUACUGGAUGAAAAGAAGAAGUCGGGCAAGAUACAUGACUUGUGGGUAUCGUUUUUAGACUCUUGUACCCUUCAUGGUUUUCAUUUCUGUUUUGCAGGCAAUCCUCCUGUUCGACGCGUGUUAUGGACAUUACUUUUGCUCGGAGCGUUCUCGCUCUUUGUUGAAAAAUGUUUGACCAGCGUCUAUAAUUACUUUGAUUACCCGUUUACUACUACCACUGUUAUCGUUUAUGAAAGCAGUAUGGUGUUUCCCGCGAUUUCCAUUUGCAAUUAUAACGACGCUCGGUUAUCUGUAAUGAACGGAACUCUCGUGAAUGAGCUGUAUGUGAGAAAAAACAUAGAUGGACGAAACUCUAGUGAUAUUGAAGGUAACAUUACAGGUAAAAUUAUGCAAGAUACUUUGUCAAAGGCGGCCCAUCGCCUUGACAGAAUGCUUCUGGAAUGUAAUUACGGAAAGGACCACAAGUGCGAUCAUAACAACUUUACCGAGUUUAAAAACGCCUUUGGAGAUGUCUGUUUUACAUUUAAUUCUGGUAAAAAUGGUUCGAACAUUCUUAACACCACAAACACCGGACAGGACAGAGGACUUCGCUUACUUAUUGACCUUCAACACUACGAGUAUUAUUAUGCUGUAGAAAGUGCUGGGUUCAGAGUUAUUCUGCACGAUCAAGCUGAGACGCCAGUUAAAAUGCAGGGAUAUGCCGUUGCACCGGGCUUUACGACCUACAUGGAGAUUCAGAAGAAACAAGUAGGUGCACGUGUUUCAAUUAUAUUUUGAGUACUUCUUAGUUUUUAUUAACUUAAGCAUACGUGUUAAAUUAGCAUACAAAAUUCUUAUGAUUUAAUAAACACUUAAUUGCAGUGUUUCUUUGAUGUCUUAUCGUCUUAAUUUUUGCAACACUUACAAUUGUUCGCCGUUAUCUAUCUUUUCAUUCGUUCAAUCAUCGUCAAUCAAAAUCAGAAAAAAUAAAUCACGAGAAGGGAAACGACUAAAAAAAGUGAAAAAUAACCUCAACAUCUUUAAUCAAAAUCAAUAUCAGUAUAUACAACUUAAAACAAAAGUGAAGUGAAAAGAAAAACUUUCCCUGCUAAAACAUGUCAAAGAAACAAGAAACUUAAUUUUUUCGCUGCCAUACAUCCCAGUAAACAUGUAUCAGUAUUUGGCUUGUCUUAUUUAUAUUAUUUCUUAAUAGUUGAACAUAAUUUGCUGAAUAUAUUCACCAGAAUCCGUUGUAUUUGCAGUGUUCUUGAGGCUCAUUUCUCUGACUCUAUUAUGAGAGAUAUAAUCAAUGUCGCUACAUUUUUUUAUAUCGCUAAAAUUUUUGAAUCCGUGGAGAAAAUCCUGAAGGGUGAUCUUUCAAUGCACCCUCAUCGGUACAACUUUUGUACGGUGGAUUUAAUAACAUUUGAUGCCCUGAAAUUAUUUUACAAAAUGGGAUAUGAGAGAUUUUCAACGCUGAUUUAUCGCCAAGUCGUAAGGAUGAAAGUUUGCUCUGUUUGUCAGUUAAGGGAUAUACCCCACCUUACGCUUUACUAAACAAAGUGAAACACAGCAAAUUGUAGGGUGUUAUGGCAAUAAUAAGACUGAUCAAUGUUGUUCCGUCAAACAACUAUCAACAGAAAGGCUUCUUUGUGAUACUAUAGAACAAAAUAUAAACACUUUUAAAAAGACUUUUUGACCUCCUAAAGAUCUUGAUAUUUGAAUAAAAGACUACAGCAGCAUGACCACUUGCACACAACAAAGAUUUUAAGUAAGAUUUUCAAUAAGUUAGACGAGACUUUUAUGUUCCUAAUUGUCUCUUGGGAAGACCAAUUUUACAUUUGUCUUACUCGAUGAUCUUAUCAGAAUAGCCGUUUGAACUGUUACAUCGGGGUUCUGAAAAAGACUGCUGUUUGAAUUUGACCUAGACAAAGAUUUUGCAGCUGUAUUUUGUUUUUCAUUUCUUUGGUACUUUCCUGUUUUGAUUCGAUUUGUCUUGUUUUGGUUUUGGCGGAGCAGUGUAGACGUUAUACAAUACGAUCAAAGCCAUAAAAAAAUACUUUGAAAUUUAAGACUCAAGGUUUCUCGGCUGCAUUUUCCGUUGGCAAUAGCAUUAACUAGGUCGCCAUUAACAGAUAUUUGGAAAAGUGACCACCACAGCUGUAUUAGAAAAAGAUGAAAAUUGUUGAAGUGAGAGCCUAUCAUUAUUCCGAGAAGUCUUGGGUAUUUACCUUUUACAUGGAAAAUGCGGAAAUUUCUGUUGGAAAAUUAAAUGGCUCGCGUCGUUCUGUUUGAGAAGAAAAUAUGUGACGAAAAUACUGAGAAUAUGGGAUGUGAUUUGAGGCGAUCAAUCUUUCAACUCUUUUGAGUCUUUUUGGCAGAUUUGGUUAUACUUUCACCAUGUCAAAUUUUAUACUGAGUUUUAUGUUUAUGCUAGAGUUCCACCCGGGUGGUUUGUGCAAAUGGUAAGCACCCAUUGUCUCCAAGUUUCCCCUAUUUUUAUGGACGACAAUAGCUUACAUCUUUGUAAAUUCCAGAUACAUUGUUAGUUACUUCUGUUCACGUGAAACAUUACCCCUGAAUAAUGAGAGGCUCUCACUUGUAAACACGAAAUUUCAGACAAAAAAAUAACGCAUUGUAGCUACUAUUUUAUUGUCGCGCGUAUAAAAAGACGAUAAUUCUUAAAUCCAUCGAUUGGUUUCCAUAUUAUUCGCCCAUUUGUUAAAGUAGACCAAUAUGUAAAUCUUUCUUUCUAUGAGCAAAAGCUAUCCAAAUGAUCUUUUCAAACUCUUAAAGAAUGAAACUACUACGAGGUGAAAUUGCAUUUCGAUAACGCUCUGAUAGAUUUUCCUCGAACUUUACGAACAUCGAGGCAGCUUUUGGAGGAAUAUGCUCCCGUGAACAAUUUUGGAAAAAAAAACCCAGUGCCAAGAAAUACGGCUGGAAGUAAUUUGGGCAAUGACGUCAUGAAGUUGUCAUGCCAACUCCAACGUCAACGUGACGCGGAUCAUAGUCAUUGCUCAUCUUUAUCCACAACUGCGGUGGUCAUUUUUCCAAAACUUUGUUAAUGACGACGUAGGUAGUACUCAAGCUUGGGAGGUAUUUUCCCUGAAAAAUCCACUCGAACCACCUUAAAUAUACCAAAUAUACCUUUUCCUAAUUCUGCUCCCGAGAGGACACAAUAAAAACGGGAUCGAGGCUUCAAGAGACCCUUUUUCGACUACAUACAUACAUUUAUUCCACUUCCCACGGGGCUUUUGUUCACAGAAAUGCAAGAACGGCCUUUCUCUGCUUUGAUUUAAAGUCCUGACAAUUUGUUAUCUACCACAAUUAUGAACUGAUACAAUCAAAAUAAAACUAGAACUUCAUCUUACCAUUAAUCCGGUUUUUUAAAAGAAUCUCCAUGAGCCUUGAGGAUGAAGUAUUUUUUAGGAUCCUUACUUUAAAUCUUCCGUUUUCAGGUGACCAAUUUGCCGCAUCCUUACCGUACAAACUGUGGGAUGCCCCCACUAAGGUUCUUCAAAUCAUACAGCAAAUCUAAAUGUUUCUUGGACAAACUGGCUCGUUACGUUAUCAAGCAAUGCAACUGUCGGGAUUGGUUCAUGCCGGGUAAGUUGUUGUGCAAUAUAGCUCCAUUGUUUGGUCUUUUAACUUGUCUAAGUGUUCAGGGCAGGAGUUCCAACACAUGAACCAUUUACUUGUUAAGCUGACACCUGAGCCCGUGUACAACCUUUGACGUCAGCUUUGAAAUGUUCGAAAAUAACUUGGAAUUCCAACCUAUGCAGGAGGUAAAGCUCUUCCUUCCGAAUCAUGCUUGAGCGUGCGAAAUUCGGUCAAUAAGGACAGCGAUACAUGCAAACUAGUCUUGUAACUCUGACUGGAAAUUUGAUUUUAUUAAAUCUUGUCUCAACCUGUACAUCCUUUAAAAAAUUAGUUUCAAGAUCCGUGGCUUUUUUGCCAAACCCGUCAAACAGUGUACGAAGACCUUAAAAGGAAACCAUGACACUCGGCGAACAUGAGGAUAUGGGAAAGUAGGGAAUUGUAUUUUACUUCCCAAAACUGCCUUACUAGCUUCAAAAUAGUGCUUUUCUGAUGAAAUAUCCAGGGGCAAAUGAAUGAUUGUGAUUGUAUGUUAUUCCCACUCAGUUGCUUUUCAAAUUAAGACAGCCUUUCCUUACUGUCUCUUCUCAUGGUUAUGUUAUGAAAAUGUCAUUCGACUGAACAAUAAAUUAUUUUACAAACUUUAGGUGCUGAUGAUGGAAUUCCCGUUUGUGGUUAUAAAGCAAGUGACAGCUGUAUGUGGCCGGCGUGGGGUAAGGCUGGUAGUGCUGUUUUAAGUUAAAAUCAUAACGUUUCAUGUAUUUAUUCGCCAAAUAAAUAAAUAAAUAAUCUAUAUACAUUAACAAUCUUUAAUAGUCAUUGUUGGUUUGAUAUUCUUAAAAGCUGUCUGGCUGUGUCCCCUCUGUGCUCUGUAUCUGUACUAUUCCUCCAACUUGAGCAUGGGGUCUCUAUGAUGUUGAACUCUUUCAUCUUCAUGUACGUUGAUACAAGAUUUUGUAGGUUUUUGGUUCACUUUCUCAAUCGCUAUCGUACAAUUCCACAUUAUCUCCACAUUCUAAUUGCCACUGUAGCUGCGAGAUUUCUUCUCAAUACUACUGACGACUUUUCUGUCAUUUUACAGGCACUCGCCUCAGCCUCUGCUCCAAUAUUCGAUAAGCCGCUUGAUAAUUUCGCUUAUUUGUGAUUUUAGAGCAUUUUCAAGACAACAAGUUGGAUAAGUGCCCUGUGGCAUGUGAAAGCGUGGAAUUUUCAGCUCAAUUAUCCUACGCUCGUUAUCCUGCCAACACCUACGCAGAUUACAUACUUGCCAAGAAGAGAAAUCUGAAGGGCACGGACGAGGAGAAUAGGCGAUACCUAAGGUAUGAGUUAAAGUAUGAACUCAUUUCAACUCCUGAUUACACCUAUUUUGUUUUCAAACUAGGAAAAGUUUGAACUUAGGAGUCAUGUCAUAAGUAGAUUGAGUAUGAUAGUACGGGUGAACAUAGUUUGAGUAGGACUGUUGUUGACAUCGACUAACGUUUCGACACUCUGUGGGGUAGUCAUCUUCAGAGUCAAAGUGAGUUCUAUCACGUCAUCAGUUGAUGGUAUUAAACCUGCUUAUCAACCCGAUUGGUCAAUUAAGUCGCGAUGUUAUUGGUCGUCUGUCAGUUAAGCCGUGAUGUUAAAGGCUAUGAAGACUCGAAAUUUCAUUGGUUCAAUUCGAUCCGUCCAUUGUCACAGUUAAACAGUCCUUUAUUGUUAGUCAAAUUGUCGGUCUUCCAGUAAUUUUCUCAUAGUUAGUUUUGCUUGAGCCCUUCAAUAAGUCCUUUGUGCGUCACUGUAACUAUUUACUACGUUUCAGUGGCGUUUGAUCUAACUUAGUAAACCAGCAUUUUUCAGUGAGUCGUUGAUAUAGCCUGUAGAAUGCUUAAUACAUGUCAUUCCGAGAUUUCUUGAUCUCCAUCGAAGAUGCAAACAUUUGAAAUAAGGACAGAAUACAAAUGCUUCAUAUACCGUGAACAAUCAUUUAGAUGGCAGAUCUUUUACCAGAAGUGUACAAAAAAGGACUGGAUCCUUAUUAAUGUUAGCGAUCUUGUAUCCAUUUCGUCUCAGGGACAACUUGCUUGAGCUCAAAAUUUAUUACGAGUCUUUGACAUACUCCGAUGUGAAGCAGGUACCCAGUUAUGAUCUGUACAGCUUGUUAGGUAAGUUUAAAGUUCUGUGAUAAUUCACUCACAAUAGAAUUUAACGCAUGCAAUUAAUUAACAUUGACGUAAAGCUGACUAAAAAAAGAGAAAAACUAGCGUUUGGUUUAGGUGUCAGUAAGUGUCAAUGUGUUCAGUAUAAAAAUAAUAAUUCGGAACACUAUUUUUAGGACUGCCAUUUUAAGUGGUCACCAGAGCCAUGAGGAGGCCUAGCCGUUUACAGGGCUAAGGCAGUACUCUCCUGCAUUUCUCAGUUAUUUUAAGAUCCCGAGUAUUGGUCCAGCCCCGGGAAUCAAACCCGCGACUUCCUGAUCUAUAGUAAAGCACUUUAUCGACUGAGCAAAUCCUGCGGCAGUGGAAUAGACUAGAGUAGGGUAGAGUGGAAUAGAAUAGAUAAUUGUCUAUUCUAAUCGUUUGCACUAUUGACUGAUCAGCUACCGGGUAGGUCAGCGAAAAGCAAACAUAGUUACAUAAUACAUUCAUAUGGCCCUCAGAAAAGUCAUUUAGUGUAUUGGUGCGACCAGGUACGUAACGGGCCUCGGAUUGCGGUGCCUAAGAGAGUUAAAACUCCUCUGGUACGUCGGGAGGGGAUACCUUUCCUGAGGGGAGGAUGCUCUCCUGCCUUUUCGAGGAACCUCUCGUCGGCAGCACCCUACCUGACACUAACGUUGUACGGUUUAUAUAGAGAAAAGUUGUCCGGAAAAGAGGGUCACCCCCACCUCCUCCCAGACCAGUCAACUUAAGCAAGCGUUUAUAUGACGAAAAAGUCGAGCCAAGAGCUGAUAACGGCGCUCCACAUGAUCUUAUUGUCUCACCUUGACCGAGUUUACCCGGCUGGGCGAGCCGAAGUCUUUAUAUGAAGAAAAGUUGGCCAGGCUAGAAGAGUGACCUUACCAGUUUUUUAAAUUAAAAAUCUUUAUUAUUUUCGAAAAAUACGACCAAUUGACUUUUGUGUAGACCUUUUGUUAAGCACAUGCAUCGUAGCUUUUGUACUGCAAGGAUCAAUUCGUUCAUUACUUUAAGGGUUUCAUAAAUAAAGUAUGAUUUUACUCCUUAUGUUCAUUACUGUUUUUAUUGUGUAUAUUAGGUGAUGUGGGAGGUCAGAUUGGUCUUUUCUUGGGCGCCAGUCUCCUGACGUUUGUUGAGUAUUUGGAUCUGUGCGCCAUGGUGCUUUUUACAAAGUACAAGUAUCACAAUAAAUAGUUGUCCGUCAUAUUCAGACUACUGCAGUAUUCAAAGCUUUCGUAAGUCUAAUCUUGGAAAGCUUUACUUGAUAAUGUAUAAGUCUAGAAAUUAACAGUAACC